AUGUCGGGUCGCCAGCACAAGGUGAUGGUGCAGCCCAUCAAUGUGAUUUUCCGGCACUUGCAGCAGCAGUCGAAGGUGUCGCUGUGGCUGUAUGAUAAUACCGAGUUCCGCCUGGAAGGCAAAAUUAUUGUAUGCCGCCGUUUUGCUGACCACGAGGGCUUUGACGAGUUUAUGAACGUGACGCUAGCCGAGGCAGAGGAGGUGCAGUGUGCACCAGGAAAAGAGCGCAAAGAGCUGGGACGCAUUUUGCUCAAGGGCGAUAACAUCCCACCCUCGCAGCUCGAGAUGCCGAAACGGUCCACCAGACUCGCUGUGACUGUGUCCUUUGAUGCAAUGCGUGCACAAGCCCAAUACGGCAAGAUGGAAAUGCAGCGUGCACGAGCGGCGCCAUAUGCCCAAUCUGCAUCGCAGAGAGCCACGAUCCCUGCAGCGGCGGCAGCGUUCGCUGCUGUGGCACUGGCACUGGGCAUUUUUUACGCGCGAUCUACUGAUCCGCUGCACACUGAGUUUGAUGGACAUACUGCACUGCUUCCACCCCGCCGCAGCUCGUUUACAGUGGCGGGCGAGCGCGCUGAGCGCGUUGCACGACGCUUUGCUGCAUGGCAGGCAGACCAGUUCCAGCUUGUAAAAGACGCUGCACAGCUCGCGGGCCUAAACGAUGCCAAAGGCGUGCAUACCAAGCGCCAUGUGCAGCCAAAGAAUGGCGCGGCAGCGACCAAAGCACCCUCCUCUCAAGCAAGCAGCAAAACUGGUAAAGCAGUGCACGAUGUGCAACCCCGGAAAGCACGACCCAAGAAGAGUACUGCACCUUCUUCACCGCAGCAUGCACUGCGCAUCAUUGCGGGAUCCUAUGAGCGAUUUUUGUAUGGACUUACUGGACGUAUGUGUGUCACGGACGAUGGUUCCUACACUAUGACUAUUGAGCCCGACUUUGUGUUUCCCGCGCAUGCCUCCUCGAUCCGCACCGUUGCGUGUGCGAACGAAACAAAAUGGCUCGUCACGGGCGGCACGGACGAGACGAUCAAGGUGUGGGACCUGCGCCGGCGCAAGGAAGUCGGCGCGUUGACUGGGCACCAAGGCACGAUUACCUCGCUAUCCUUCCCCUCGCGCACGUUUAUGCUCUCGACAGGAGACGACGGCGUGUUGAACCUGUACCGUACGCGUGACUGGGCGCUUUUGCGCACGAUGCGUGGCCAUACGGGCCGGAUUAAUGGCGCGUCUACACACCCCAGUGGCCGCCUUGCGUUGAGUAUCGGCAAGGACCGUACGAUCCGCAUGUGGGAUUUUCUGCGCGGCGUUGGCUCCUCGUCCGUGAAGAUUGGCGCAGAGGCAGAUAAGAUUGCGUGGGAUACGCUUGGCAAGCGUUUCGCCGUCCUGGUCGACCGACAAGCGAUGGUGUUUGGUACAGAUAUGACCAAACUCGCCGAGAUUGAGCAGAGCAGGCGGCUCCACGACGUGUCUUUUUUCCGCGCUGCGAUUGGGGGCAAGGAGCAUGAGCUUUUGCUAGUUGCGUCCGAGUCGGGGUUGGUUUACGUGUACGACCUGGAUGCUAGUGCGUCUGCUGAUGCAGCCUCCCCUCGCGAGAUCGCGCGCCUGGUCGGCCAUGCCAAUCGAGUGCGUGCAGCUGCGGCAGUGUACAUUGCCGCAGACGAUGGGUUGAUUGUGCCGCUCGUGAGCACGAUCAGCUCGGAUGGCUUUAUCCGUGUGUUUAACCUGAUGCCCGCGCUUGUGGAUGAUGCGCUUGUGGAGCUGGAAGCGAUCGCUGAGUACGAUACGCACAAGACGCGUCUUACGUGCUUGAGUGUGGCUACGUAUGAUCCUGCAGGCGCCGACGAUGCGGAUGAAGAGGUACUCGAUGCAGCGGACGACGACGCGGGUGCGGAGGCAUUUGAUACAACGGAUGACGACGAACUCGAUGCUAUGUCUAGCGAUGAAGGCGAUCUUGACGACGCGGAGCUUGAGGAACUGGCACGUCUAGAGGAGGAAGUGCGUCGUGCGCAAGAAGCGGGUAUUGUAAUUACGGAAGACGGAGGUGUUGUUGUAGAAGGGGACGAUGACGAGGAGGAAUCGGAGGACGAAGAAGGGGACGAAGAUGGUGACGGAGACGGAGAGGAAGAGGAGGAAGAGGAGGAAGAAGAAGAGGAAGAAGAGGAAGAAGAGGAAGAGGAAGAGGAAGAGGAGUAA